CAUAUACAACAGAAGCAGAUAGCAGCCUAGCAGUACUAUAUUUCUAACCCUUAUAAACCACCCACCAUGGCUAUGACUAUGAGACUGAUCCAAUUACUGGUGAUCAUAUCGGUAAUUGCUUUGGCCAUCUCCAGAAGAGCGCUGGCAAGUGAUUCUGACAUCACUUCCGAUUACAUACUCCCAGAAAACCACACCAGCACAACUGUUGAUGCCUCAUUCUUCACAUACACAGGAUUCCGCGGCUUAUUUGAUCAAGCACCCAAAACCUUCACGGCAACAAAAGCAAGCAUGGAUGAGUUCCCUGCUCUCAAAGGCCAGAGUGUGUCAUACACCAUGCUUCAAUUCCCUCCAAACACAUUAUUCCCACCUCACACCCGCCUUGACUCUGCCGGACUUAUGUUUGUCCUUACUGGUUCCUUGGAAGUAGGCCUAAUUGACUCGAAAAACAUUCUAUAUACUAAAAAGCUUCAAGCUGGAGAUAUGUUUGUGUUUCCUAAGGGAUUGAUCCAUUAUCAGUAUAACGCGGAUCCUAAUUUGCCAGCCACUGCCAUUGCAGCAUUUGGAAGCGCAAGCGCUAGAACAGUUGCAGUUCCAGCCUCCAUCUUCAGCUCUGGAAUUCGUGAUGUUGUCCUGGCAAAAUCAUUCAAGACAGAUGUUAGUACCGUUAGGAAGAUCAGGGCUGGCCUAAAAAAUUAAUGACAAAGGGCUCUGUACUUUUGUUAUCAUACCGCAGUUAAUUAUUUCAUUACUUUUAGUUUC